AUGUUCUUGAAGUCUGUUGAUACAUCUGGCCUUAGAAAAGAUGCUGAAACAUUGUUUAAGAUCUUUGAUGAGAUUGUUCAAGAAAUUGGAGUUGAGAAUCUUGUGCAGUUCAUUACUGACAAUGAUGCAAGUUAUAAAGCUGUAGGAAAAAAGUUACAGCAGAAGUAUGGCUCUUUCUACUCGUCCCCUUGUGCAGCUCAUUGCAUAGACUUGAUGUUGGAAAAUUUUUGUGAUCCAAGAUAUAUUCCCAUUAUUGAUGAUACUAUAAAAAAGGCAAAAAAGAUAACAAAGUUCAUAUAUAACCAUGGUUGGGUUUUGGCAUUGAUGAGACAAGAUUUCACCAAAGGUCAUGAUUUGUGUCGUCCUGCAGUUACAAGGUUUGCGACAAAUUUUUUAAGUAUCCAAUGUUUGCUCUUAUUUAAGAAAGAAUUGAGACAAAUGUUUACGUGUGAUAAAUGGAUGGGGUCAAGUCAUUCUAAGAGCAACAUAGGGAAGGAGAUAGCUGGGAUUGUUUUAGAAGAUAAAGAGUUUUGGGCUCAGUGUCAAUUUAUUGUUAAAAUUAGUGAGCCUUUGGUUCGUGUUCUACGACUUGUUGACGGGGAUGAGAAGCCGGCAAUGGGAUACUUGUAUGAUGCAAUGGAAAGAGUCAAAGAGAACAUAAAAGCAAGAUACAAUAACAAAGUCAGUGUAUUCAGUCCAUUCACCAGGAUCAUUGAUUCUAGAUGGGAUAAGCAGCUUCACAGUCCAUUACAUGCGGCGGGUUAUGUUCUUAACCCUGGAAUUUUCUAUAGCCCCAGCUUUAAAAAUAAAAAUGAUGUUGUAAAAGGCUUCAAUAGUUGUGUUAUGAAGAUGGAACUCGAUCCUGAUGAUCAAGACAAGAUCAUUGAAGAACUUGACUUGUAUAGGACUUCAGUAGGUGAGUUUGGACAUUCUUUAGCAAUCCGCCAGCGUGAUAAGCUUAAUCCAAUUGCAUGGUGGUCCCAAUUUGGUUGUGAGGUUCCAACUUUUCAAAAGUUUGCUGUUCGAAUACUAAGUCAAUGUUGUAGUGCAACUAGAUGUGAGAGAAACUGGAGCACAUUUGAUUUUAUUCAUUCGAAGAAGAGAAAUAGAUUAGUGCAUAAACGUUUGAAUGACUUAGUAUUUGUUCGUUAUAACUUGAAGCUGCGAGAGAGGAGCAUAAAAAAUGGAAGAGAUGCUUUAAAUCCAAUCAAUCUUGAAAACAUUGACUUGAUGGACGAAUGGGUGGGUGAAGAAUCUGAGCUUCUUGAUGGAGAAGAUUUGAAUUGGGCAAAUAUUGAGGAGCCAUUAACCUCACUAAAUGAGGAAGACGUUGAUAAUAUUGGUAUUGAUGUUGAUGACGGUGGUGACGUUGAUGAAAAUAUCUUGAUUAACAUGUCGAAUCUUGCUCCUUAUUGUCUUUUUGAUGAGGAUGAGUGA